UUCCCCGCCGCACGCGCUUACGAAGAGUCACACACAGCAGCAGCAACGAGCAGAGAUCGCGGGAUAUCGCGUAUCGGAACCGGGACAAAGAAACGGGCGAUUUUCCGGGAAAUCUUCAAGGACUCGGAUCGUUAGAUUAGCAAGACGGGAAUCCGUGCGUUGCUUAUUUUGGCCAAUGGUCCGUCUAUGUGCGUGUAAGGACCGGUCCGUGCACACAUACGCACAUACCGUUCUCGCGGCGUGGCUCUCGAUCGCUCGUUGUCUCGCCCGAGCCCAACAUGGCGCAACGAGGCGUCAUAUAGCAGACUGAGUUCAGUUCGACCAGAGCACCGGGGAUUGUUGCUUGUUUUGAAUUCAACCCUCCUGUCCUAAUUCAAGCAAAACUACGUUUUAAUGGAUGUAUAGCCUAUGGAUCCCUUAGUUUUUCCAAGAGUGGAUAUUCAUAUUCGGCAAGUCCGGAGAUACACUGAACUUCUGAAGGACUUCCAUUGAAACAAAGAUUGAUUUUAAUGAUAUAUAUAUAUAUAGCCUACAGUAAUAUAGCAAUGCAGCUUUCAACAGGAGCAGCUGAUCCUCUUUGUUUUAACGGGAAACUUUGCAUAUCAUAAACACUCACCGUGCAUUUAUCUGGAGAGUUAAAAAGGUGCUUUAAUAAAAGGACAUCCUAAACAUUGUAUGCGACCUUCUGGGCAAUAGGAGUCAAUACAUUCAGAAAAUUUUCCUUAUGGUGAAGACCAGAGAAUCUGUUGAGAACUAACAGAGAAAUAGUGUCCCCAUUCAAAGCAUGGUGGAUACGAGUACAACCUGCAGAAUGAACCCUCUCAGUGCGCUCGGCAUCGAUCGGACCAGCCUGAUGCGGGAGAGUCUCCGUGUACACGGAGGAAUGGUUUAUCCACCAGGAAUCCGGACCCUGCCAACAGAAAAGAGCUAUGUUGGUGAUAGGAUCCCAGACCUGCUCUACAAACCAGAUGUGUCUCUCGAUGGUAGAAAGACCACAAGCAGUUACGUUGGACUUUAUAAGAGUUCCCCACCAGGGAUUCAGAAGCCACUGGUUGUGCCUGGGACUGGUGCAGAUGCUUUAGGGUUGGACAGAAGGGUUUUACCAGCAGACAAGCCCCCAGAAUUGAGUCUGAAUGGGGGUAGCAGCUAUCUGAGGGUUCCCUGGAUGAGUCCCUACCAUGAAGCUGGAAUGUACCCUUUUUUAGAUUCCAGUAAAUAUGCUGCUUUGAACAUGUAUAAAGCAUCAAUCCUGUCACAACCACCACCUUACCUUCCCCAGCAUCUGGCCUACCAGUCUCUAUGUGCAGGAGCAGGAGGCAGUGCAGCUGGUGCAGAGCGCUUGUUUUACAUGCCCCCCUAUCCCCCUGCACCUAUAUCUUCACCUCUUGCUCCUCCCCUCAGGAUACCCACUGCCACUGUUGCCCCUACUGCACUGUCACCAAUGAUGCACCACCAGGACAAAACUAUACAGAGUAUAGGCCCAAGGAUUCAUCAUGAGCCCUCUGCAUUUGGGCAGCAGACCAUACAUCAGCAGACACAACUUCACCACCAGUCUUCCACUGACAGGCAACACAGCAGCAGCGGAAAUGGUGCCAACAACAGCAAGUCUAUUCGGGCCUUAUCCAGCAAAAACACAAGCAGUACCAGCAGCAGUGUGAGCAGUAGUUGUAGCGCUGGUGUUUGCAGCAGCCCCAGUUCCAUUGUCUCAGUAGACUCAUGUUCUUCCCUGGUAAUGCAGCCAUCCCGUCCUACACCACGCCCCCCUCAACCAUCUGCAGCUGCCCCACCCCCUCCUCCACAUCUUGUGGACAACACAAUGGAUUUCCAGAAGCCUCUGUACAGAAGUCCUUCCUCCUCCUCCUCAUCCUCACCAUUGGUUGCUCACCCUGUCUAUAUUAGCAGCGUUUCCCAAGAGCUUCGGCCCCCACUUCGGCCUGCUAGCCAGAAGCCUAAGGUCAAAGAGGCAACCUUGGAGUCAAACAAAGGUUUGGUAAAUGAACGAAAAGGCAGCAGCUCACCUGUUAAGACCUCUUCUGAGAAACAACCUCAACAGGGGCCUGUUACCAAAGACCCAGCAGACAAACCUUUAGACCUGUCUGCAAAAAUCAUGGACUUUAAAGGACCUCCCAAUGGAUACCCCCCAAAAUUAGAGGCCUUAGCCAAACUUGGCUAUUCCCCCACCAAUCGUUAUGGACUUCCCCCAAACAGGGAGCUUUUGAAAGAAGCUCUGUCUCCUUCAUCCUCUGCUGUUAGCACUUCUUCUAAAACUCCAGAAAGGCCGGAGAUAAUUAGCACUUUACCCACUUCCUGGGUGGUGCCAAGUCCUACUCGUACAAUCAGCUCAGAGGCUAGUCAAAACAAAGGCUCCAGCAUAAUCAAGAACAAGAAUUUUGAGCAUGCAGUACCACAGUCAAGAAGUUCCUCAUGCCCAAGGAUAGAUGACCAAAAUGGCUCAAUCCCAAAUUCUGCCCCUUCUGUCAUGCCUACUGCAUCUCGGCCAUCAUCUGUCUCGCCUUCCCCCAAGAUCAAUGGUGAAUGGCCAAAAUCAGUCCCCACCCCACCAGAAAAGAACCCAACUAAUAACCAUUGUGGCAGUCAUCCCUCCACUACAAAGCCCUCAAAGACACUCAAAAAAACUGAAACCCCUGAAAUUGGCUUCAAGCCCCAGUCAUCACAUUUAGAGAAUGGACAUACUCCAAGCCACCUCUACAUGCCCCAGGGUGAUGCUUAUCUUCCUCCCCGCUUAGCAUAUCCUAGCAGAUAUCUCUCAUACCCAGUACCUGAGAGUCUGUCCCUCUCCCACUUGCAGAUGCCUGGAAAAGGGCCAGUGUACCCUCAUCCAGUUCUACUGGGCACUAACAGCUUGUAUUCAGCACGUUUGCCGCCAAAGCCUGGCCUCCCAUAUGGAAUCCCGCCCAGUCAUGGAGAGUAUCUGACCUACCAUGACUCACAGGAGAUGGUCCAUCCACUAAUGUCUCCCCACCUGCCUCUGGAUCACAAAGUCCCAGAGCGUCUUGAGCUGAGGUCCAGACCCCUGGAAAAGCCUUGGCACCACGAGGAGGCUUCAUACAAGUGCCAGAGCACCACCACAGACCCAAGCUACAAUUCUGAGAGAGAGUCAGAGAGGCAAGAAUUUCUGGGCUUCAAGUCUCAGAACAAGUCUCAAGAGGAGAUUGUCUGUAUAGACCUGGUCCAAGAUGAUACAGAUGGCAGCCCAGAGCCAGACAAACACAGUGUCAUUGAUGCCAAAAGCAAAGAGCCAGCUAAGCCUGUCGGCAGUGGGACAGGGAUGGGGAAUGAAAGUGGCAGUAAUUCUGAGGCAAAAGAGCCAGAACUCAUGCAGAUAUUGCGCUCCGGCCUGCCUUCUGUAUUCAGGCCAGCUGAAUCAGAGCAGCGGCCAGAAGUAUGCAGUCCACUUCGUCCGCAAAAGCAGCCUGACUCACCUGUGCACAGCCCGGGUGAAGAGAACUCCUCUGAGCAUAGCCCACUACCUGACAUGUUGGAGGAGCAGACACAACGGUGUGCUAGAACUUCUGGCGAAAGGGCUCGGACUGAUGUUGCAGAAUUCAAGGUUGAUCGGCGCCAUGCUAAUCAACAAUAUGUGGAUUUAAGCAAGGAUAAACCAGAAGACACAGAGUCCCAUGAGGAUGAGGAAGAAGGACAUGGAUUAUCUAAAAAUAAAAGAUCCAGCCUAGCCAAGAGAAUAGCAAACUCGUCAGGUUAUGUUGGUGACCGCUUCAAGUGCGUCACCACUGAGCUGUAUGCGGACUCCAGCAAGUUGAGCCGGGAACAGCGAGCCCUACUGAUGGAAGGAUUAUCACAAGAGGACAGUAAUUUAAGUCAACCAGCUGCAUUCUGGGAGCGUGCGAUGAUACGUUUCUCUGAGCUGGAGCUGAAGGAGAGGGAGGGUUGUGUGUCGUCUGCAGCACCCGGACCGGGGAGAGAGCGGGAUCGAGAAAGGGAGGGGGAGCUGGCAGAUAGCCAGCAUGGAACGGGAGACUGGGAACUGAGCCAGCCAAGCUCCAGGCCCUCCGCGGCCAUUUCGGCUCUCUCCAAUCACACCGAACAGCACAACGGUGUGACACCGACAUGUGCAAACAACAGAGUUCCCGUGCUUCAGCGAUGCGUCCCACAGGUCGACGUCUCGCAGUCUCGCCGAGCAGAGGAGAAGAGAGCGAGAGAUGAGGAGGAGGUGUCUGUUGGCACAGUGACGGGAAGGAAACGUGCAUUGGGUUUGGAGGCAAGCCAAGACCACCCCGAUUCCACGCAUACUGUGGAAGAGAGGGAAAGAGAUGGAGAGAGACGAGCGAGAGGAGAGGAUGAUGAUGGCAUUGCUGAGAAGAGAGCGAAACUCAUUUCAGACAUAUGGCCGCAGCCUUCUGAGCAGGAGGUGAAGAAUCUGAAGGUGUGUAUCGAGUUGACAGGUCUUCGGUUAAGUAAACCCCGCCACCUCCAUAAUCUCCAGGAUCUUUGGGAUAGACAGGGGCAGCUCAACCAUGACAGGCCCCAAUUCGGAGCUCCCAACCUGGGCAUGCCUCCCACAUCCAAAUCUUCUCUUCCACCACUCCAAACCACCAGGAGGGAGAAGUUUGACCCUUGUCCCCCAGAGGUCCCAAGAGAUGCCCUUGGUGCCCCUGCUGUGGAUCGAAAUCUGAAAUGUGAAGAGAAAGGGGUGAAGAGGAAAGGCGAGGUGGAGAGAGGCUGGACAAAGGAACACCUUGAACACGCGGAGUCCGACACAGCUAUUUCCAUUCACUCCGAUAGCUUUUGUGGGGAUUCCUCCAUACAGAAAUACUCUGCUCUACCCUCACAUCUCUCGGAUAAACGUCAGCGGUUCAAGGAAUACCGCAAGUCCAUUGGUUCCUCCUCGCCUUCCCCAGACCCUGACGGCACCAUCCCAUCACGCUUGCGUCGACAUGGCGACCCCGAAAAACCAAAGGGCAAGCGGCAGUGCAAGACCAAGCAUCUCGGCCAACAGGAGCGCAAGAUGCUGUCGCAGUCGACCAAUGAGGACUGCCCUGAACUCAGCCCUGCCCACCAACACAAGGUGGUGAAACGUUCCGCCCAGAAACGGCCUGCAUCUCUUUCUGAUUACGAGUCAUCUCCAGUAAAACCCCGCCCUCCUUCCCCGGACUACCAACCUGCGGCACCACCAACUCCCCCAUGCCUCGUCCCUGAAAUACCGACACCUGUGGUUGCCCCCGCGCUUCCAGUGCCGGCUGAGCCGCCAGCCAGUCGACCCAUGCCGCCCGAAGCUCGCCGACUCAUCGUCAACAAGAAUGCAGGCGAGACUUUACUGCAGCGAGCAGCACGUCUGGGAUAUGAGGAGGUGGUUUUGUAUUGUCUGGAGAAUAAAGUGUGCGAUGUGAAUCAUCGCGAUAAUGCGGGAUAUUGUGCGCUCCACGAGGCCUGUUCCCGUGGUUGGCUCUCCAUCGUACAGCACUUACUGGAGCAUGGAGCCGACAUCAACUGCAGUGCGCAAGACGGCACCAGGCCUCUCCAUGAUGCAGUGGAAAACGAUCAUUUGGACGUGGUCCGGCUGUUGCUAUCGUACGGCGCCGAUCCGACUCUAGCUACAUACUCUGGCCGCGGCUUACUCAAGAUGACCCACAGCGACAAAAUGGAGUGUUUUCUGUCCGAUUACUUUGCUGACUUGCAGGGCAGAGCAGACGACGAUCCCAGUAUGUACUGGGAGUUUUACGGCAGCGCAGUGUGCGAGCCUGCUGAUGAUUCAUCUGGUUACGACAUCCUGGCCAACCCUCCCGGCCCUGGCGAAGAUGAGGACAAACAGAGAGAAGUGUUCGAAUUUGAGUUCUCAGACCGACCUUUACUGCCGUGCUACAACAUCCAGGUCUCGCUUUCACAGGGACCUAGAAACUGGUUGCUGCUCUCCGAUGUUCUCAAGCGUCUGAAGAUGUCUGCCAGAACUUUCCGCGCCACAUUUACACACAUCGAGGUGGUGACGAUUGCCGAAGGGGAAUUCUACAAGCAGGCGUCUCUCAGUCAACUGUUCUCAUGUCCGGAGGAGCUCGAGGGAUUCAUGCCCGACAGCAAGGAACUCUUGGAUCUGGUGGAAAUCAGUGCCGAGCUGGUGGCACUGUUGGGGUCAUCGCUCGAAUGUCUGGAUGACCGCUGGGAACCGGCAUCCAGACCUCGCUCAUAUACGUAUACUCAUAACGACACUCGGACGGACCCAAAGGAACACUAGAAGUCGAGGACAAAGAUGUUCUGGGAUGGUUCUUCACAUUUCAAGGAACUUCUAGACUGGGAGCCAAAGAAAUCGGUCCCAACGCAACCAAUAUUUCUGUUUGGCUAUGAGAAGUUUUAAAAGUAUUUCAUCAUCUUGUAUUGUCCUCGCGUACUAAUUCUCUCAGUGACGAUGCAAACUUGUGCAUAGUGUACAUUCUGCAGAUAUACAAAGAGGACCUUCGAGAUAUGGACCACUGUCUUCAUCUAACUUGGAGAUACGGAGCCAUGCUCACAACAAGGAACUCUUUCGUUUAAAGAGAUGUUUUCUAAAUAGGAAUAUAACUAUAUAUACAGUCACUGUAUUUUAUUUGUGUGUAAUAUAUAUAUAUAGAUAUAAAUAUAUAUAAAUAUAGAUAUAUAUAUAUGUGCUGCCUUUUUGUCUUGUUUGGUCAGGUCUUAUUUUAUAAUUGGAGUUACAAUGUUCAGAGAACUGGUGUAAAUAUAUUUGGGGUUGAAUUGGUGUUUUAAUUGCGGCGUCUACACUGACGUCAGAAAUUGCUCUUUGGAUGUACAGAGGCUGAAAGACCCUUCGGUUCAUCGAGAGUUAAUUAGCACACUUCAUCAGAGAUUUUCCUCAGCAACUCGACUGCCUCGCGCAGGUGGAGUAGACGUUUUUAUGUUGUUCACCAGUAACCAGUGUGGGAUUCUUCAGUCUCAGUGUUAAACUCUAACUUACAAAGCCAUUUCGUACCCUGUACGUGAGCUUUGCUUUGACUACAGUCAAUUAUUUAUGAGUAGAAAUUAAGAUAUUUUAAUGUGGUUUUUCUUUGUAAAAUAUUAAAGUAAUUGUAAAAUACUAAUCUGACGCUUUGUUAGGCAAAGAAAUGCUUGAACUUGUAAAUAAUGGGUUGACUAUUCAGUAACUUGUAUCUGACGUGUGUUGUUGUUUUUGGAGAAGUGUUCGGACUUUGUAAUUACAUACGCUAUCGUUUGUAUUUAUAUUUUACCAAAAAAAGUUCCUUUAAAUAAAUGGCAA